UUAUAAAACCCUCUGCUUGAUGUUAACACCAAAAAGGUUUCUUUCAAUUCAAUCCUCAAUCGAACUUCAUUCUUUUUGUCCUAAUUAUACCCACCCACCCUGGAUUUUUCUCUGUUAUUUCAUGUGGCUUAUAAAGGUGGCGAACCCAACAGAUUCCGGUGAUUUUGUCAGCUUCCGUUCUAGUAAGAAGCACCGUGAAGAUGGAGGAGCACCGCCAUCACCGGAAAUUAGCUUCUCAAAGGAUCACUAUAGCUUUUCCGAUGAGAUGUCUGUUAUGGUCACGGCUUUAACUCAUGUCAUUUCUGGACACACAUCUUCUGCCAUCUCAUCUCCAUCCUUUCCUGCUGAUCGUUCACCUUCUUCUGCUUAUUCUUCUUCCAGCUCCGGUUCCUUUAAGAGACUUCGUGAUCAAGAUGAGACUACUUUCGUAGUCAAAGAAGAAAAAGAAGAAGAAGCUCCAUCCUCCACCACCACCGCCGCCGAUGCAAACCCAUACAACAAUGGUGGAGAGAUGAGGCGGAGAUAUAGAGGGGUACGACAACGACCAUGGGGAAAAUGGGCAGCUGAGAUAAGGGAUCCACACAAAGCAGCAAGAGUUUGGUUAGGUACCUUCGAAACAGCCGAGGCCGCCGCCAGAGCUUACGAUGAAGCUGCUCUUAGAUUCCGUGGAAACAGAGCAAAACUCAAUUUCCCUGAAAACGUCGUAAUGUUGCCACCUCAUCCCAUCACCAUUAAUCCCAAUUCUCCGACGACCCAAUCGAUCACCGGUCAUCAACCAUCACCACCUCUGCAACCACGGCACUUCCAGAUACCUGCCGUCGUAACCGAUUACCGGCGAUACUCUCAACUUUCUCGGAAUUCCCUUGUUCAGCAGCAGCAAACAGAAAUGUCUAAUCCAUCAUCUUUAGAAUCCCAAUCAUUCGUCUCUAAUUCAAAUUCAUCGUCGACUCUUCGUCCCCAGUUGUAUCCAAAUCAGGCAUUGCAUUAUCACUUUGGUUACACUAAUGAAGAGAGGAGCACAGAUUUUGAGGCAGCUCCACCGUCGUCAUGGCCGGGUUCUAGAGAUCAUUCAUAGUUCCAAUCUCAAUAAGUUCUGAACAACUCCAAUUGUUUCUUUUUCUGCAUAAUAAUGGCGUACACGAUAUAUCUGAAGCGAAGAUGAUGAUAGAAAGAAAGUAGUGGAAAGCAUGUGAUGCGGACGUCCGCCUUCAACCUUCAUUUGCUUUGAGAUAGAAAUUGGCGUUUUCUUGUUUUUGUUUUACGUGACACAUUAUUUGAUUGUGUACAUUUAUGUUUCUUUGUUUCUGUUAACCAAACCAAUUACAAUAAGGAAUACAAGU